AGCUAGCCACACUCUCUGUUCAUGGAGCUGAGAAGACGAGAUCCGUUUGCUUGUUCAGUUUUAUUCUAGUCAAGGUCAGGAGUACGAUCUCCCAGUCAUCCGUUAUCCUGAUUUGGCGUAGUAGUCGGAGACGAAGACGAGAAAGUGUGCCAACAGCGAGUAUUAAUUGAACAGGGGACUGGUGUCCCAAGUUGUGUUUAUCAUGGCGAAACCAGGAGCUUCAAAGCAAGGGAAGAAGCACUCCAAAGCUUCUGGCAAGAAGGAUGGCGGCAAGAAGGAUGCCAGCAAGAGUCCACGCAAAUCCGCAGGGAAGAAAGAUUUUUCCAAAUCAGGAAAGAAGCCUAGUAAGCACACAAAAUCUCCGGCAAAGAAGGAUUCCAGCAAAUCAGCGGCUGGAAAGAAACCUUUGAAGGAUGACAAGGCAGCUAGCAAGGCAGCAGCCGUACCAGCAGAGCCAGCGAAGAAAAUGCAUGAACUCAGUAGGAAGGAGCGCCGUGAUGUAAGAAGGUCAGACAAGGACCACUCUGACCUGCGGACCUCUGCUAUCAAGCUUUGGGAGAAACUUCGACGACACGACUUGACUGACGAGACUCGGCCCCGUAUCUUGGCCGAGCUUGGCCAGCUCUUGAAAGGAAAUAUGUUGAAGUUGAUUAUGAAGCAUGACACAGCUCGAGUUGUCGAAAGCUAUCUGAAGUUUGGAAGCAAGGACGAGAGGGACGUUGUCUUCAAAGAGCUCAAUGGUCACUGGGUUAAACUUGUGCAAUCUAAGUAUGCUAAGUUUGCUGUCAAGAGGAUUUUCAAAUAUGGAACAAGACAGCAAUGCAGUGCUAUCGUCAAGAGCUUCUUUGGAUACACACGCCACUUGAUAAAGAGCAAGGAAGCUGCAAGUGUGCUGGAAACUGCAUACGUUAUGCAUUCCAAUGCUGCGGAGCGAGCGGCUCUUGUCAGCGAGUUUUAUGGCCCUCAGUACUCGCUCACAAAGGGAGCGGAGACUCGGCCAUUGUCCAAGGUUCUUGAGGAAGACCCAAGCAAGCGCCAGUCAAUUGUGCAGCAUUUGAAGGACUCGCUUGUGCCUCUUGCUGAGAAACAGCCAAUGCAACACAGCCUUGUGCACAAAGCAUUGCUUGACUUCUUCACGUACGCCACUGGUGAGAUGAGAACGGAGAUGAUUGAGGCAGUGCGAGAGUCACUGGUUCAUAUUGUUCACACCAAGGAAGGUGCCCAAGUCACCAUGCACUGCCUAUGGCAUGGAACUGCAAAGGACAGAAAAGUCAUAGUGAAGACAUUCAAGUCCUUUGUGAAGAAGAUCUCUAUGGAAGAGUAUGGUCAUGGAGUAAUGCUGGCUCUGUUUGACACUGUCGAUGACACUACCUUGGUGUCCAAGGCUCUGAUCUCGGAAAUUGCAGAGGGGCUAGAGGACCUCGCAGGUGAUCGCUUUGGUCGCAAGGUACUUCACUACUUGCUCGAGUCCCGUGGCAGAAGCCAGUGCCAUCCAACUAUGACCGAGCUGUUGCGCCACGGUGAUGGAAAUCCCAACAGUAAAAAGCCAGCAGAACUCAGGUGCAAGGAACUGCGAGCAACGAUUUCAGCAUCUCUCCUGCAGCAUUGUGCUGCAAACGCUGUCGAGAUGGCCCGGAAUAAGCCUCAAAGUCAGCUACUUCUUGCAACCACAGAUCACAUCAUUGGUGACGUCCGCCCCAUUCUGGACACGAUGGCAACUGCUGUCGUGGAGGAGUACAACGAGGAGCAUAUCUGCGCAGAUGAGAGUGGUCAUUUCUGUGUCAAGAAGCUAGUGCUGCAGGACAAGAACAGGCCCGACGGUCCUCACUUCUCUCAGAUUCUUCUUGAGCAGUUGCCAAAGGGCUUCGCUUUCCACUGGUCCCAGACAAAUCGUGGUGCUUUUGUUGUGUCAAGCUUCUUGGAGUGUGGAGUCGAUAGCAGCAGCAAGAGAAUACGAUCAGAGCUGUCAAGUCGUUUGGCUGAGCUUCGCCGACUGCAAACACCUGGUACGACAGUACUGUGCAAACUGCUUGAGAAGGACGCCGGUUGACAUGAUCUCCAGGGUAGCUAUUUCGGAUAAUACUGCUACCAAACACCAUUAAAAUUUUGCUGGCCUCGUAGUAGUCGUCAUCAAUGCCCAGAGCUUGCGGCUGCAUCUCAGCUGUUUGUCCUCUGGCAUCUGUGUCAAUUCGACUACUACUGCUACUGCUACAAUGGUGUUUGAGAAGGGCCCACGGUCUGAGAGCUGUGCUGGCUAGCUGGUCGGCUACAUCCCCAUACCUAUACUUACGCAUCCUGCUGUUCAGGCCAUGAGGCAUUUGAGCUUUGCUACCAUGCAGUGCAAGUCAGAUUAUUUUCUAAUACUAGAGUGUUCAGCUGAUUCUACAUUAUGGGAAGCUGGAAUGCUAGCUUGGUCUUGUUCUCUUGUCGCUCUGCCAUCCCUUCGAACUCUCCUCAGUUGUUUUGUGAGUGUAGGUUGAUUGAUCAUUUAACAAAAAUUAAA